AUGCUCAGCCAUCAAUUGGCACGAUUGGUGGAAGCUUUGCAACAACAGAAGGAGGAGACAAGGGAACUCCAGGCUACCUUUGAAGCCAGACUAUCCCAACAACAACAGGAUAUCAAUCAAUCCAAUGUCUCCAUCCAUGGCUUGGUCCAUUCCUUGAUGAACCAAACCAACAAGCAACUUGGCCCCAUGGGAAUUGGAGGAAUCAGCCCUGUUCCUUCCAAUACAUCCUCUUCAUUGGACCACAAUCCUACUGGUUUACUGUCCAUGAGCAGAAGUGUGGAAGGGACCAUUGGUUCUAUAGCACAGUCUCAAGGCAGUUCAGAACCAGCUGAUUCGGGUCCAGGCUUGAUAAAUGAUGUUGAGGACCAUCUUGGUCCAACUCCUCAGCCCCAGGUGGAUAUCAGUGUUGCCACUCCACUUGAUGGAGAUGAAGUCAUUGACCAUUUGAGGGCCCUCAAGGAGGAGGAUAAGACUCAUUCAACUCAUUCAACCCAACCAUCCAACACAUCUGGCAGCAUACCAAGGCCACCACCAACCCCUGGCAGCAGUCUACCUUCAUCAUUCUCCCUGCCCUACACUCCUGUCCAACCAGUGCCAUCUACCAGUGCACCCAUCCAACUUGUUCAACCAGUCAGCAAUGGCUUCCAAUACCCCAAGUAUUACCACAACCCUAGGAGCAACCAUGGUUACAACAGGCAACCUGACCUGAUCUUCCCUGAUGCCCUUCCCUACAAGCAGGAAACUCACUACUUUGGAAGAUGGAUUCUCACUCGAGACAUGAGGAAGGUAUGGAUCACCUAUGAGAGGGCCUUAGAUGCUGACGAAUUACCAAUCAAUGUACCCACUGAUCCUGCACAUUGGGUUAACAGGAGGUACCCCAAUGGGCUGUUCCUUACAGACCAAGGAGCAUGGGUCAUGUCGGCUGUCAGCGGCAGAUUCUUUCAACAAGGUCAACCACCUACUCACACCCCACCAUCUACUGGACUCACUCCUACCACGGCUUACACCUCACCUGGACAUCAGGGUAUGCCACUGGAGGAGACAUCCAUGGAGAAUCCAAUCUUUGGACUCAACCCAUUGAACAGAGGAUCCCUAGAAUCUGUAGAGACCCUCAACUGGCUCACCAGUGUCAAGUAUUCCACAGUCGGCAAGGGUUCCGCAGUCGAAUUCAUCAUCAAGUUUGACGAGGUCCUCACCCAGUACAAUGACUCCAAGCCCACUGAAACCGAUCGUCUCAGUGACAGCAUCAAGAAACUGUUCCUGCAACAGGCCUUCGUCAAAAUCAAGCUUCUCAAUGACAUCAGUGCUCGGGAACAAGAAGGCAUUUGCAACAAUGGCUCCCAAGCCGCUUACACCUACGAAAAAUACAAGGAGAUCCUUACCAAUGCCGCUACUAGGUUUGACAUGGACCAUAGAGUUCCCACUGACACGUCCCGUCGGGCCCACAUGAUGACAAUUGAGGACGCAACUGAUCAGGAAAGUACUGAUGAAGUCCAAGCCUCCACCGCCAACCAACCGCCAAGCCCACGUCACUGA